AUGGCUGACGCCGGUCGCAAGGAUUUCAGCACCAAGGCCAAGGAGGAAUUGACUCCUGACUCCACCAAGUCCACCCAGGACAAGAUCAAGGAGGGUGUCACCGAUACCACCGACCGUAUCGCCCGCGGUACUCAGUCUGACGACAGCAAGUCUACUCCUCAGGAGGCUUUUGACAAAACCCAGCGUGCUCAUGACAACCACGCUCACGGCGGCGCCACCUCUUCCAUUGGCGACAAGAUCAAGAACGCUGUCGGUCUCGGCGGCAACUAG